CUUUGUUCGCGGGCAGGUGUACGGGAGGCGAGCGGGCGACGGGCGGAAGGUGCCGCUUCGUCGCUGCCGGGGAGUUCAAUGGCCGGGCUGGCUCUUCCCAAUCAAUCCCUCCAGCCUCUCCUUUGUUAGCACCUUCCCGGAGAGUCCCGUAUUCUUUCGGCUUUGCUGUCAGAAAGAUGACUUUGUCUCACACGAUGCUUCUCCAGAGCAGCGUUGCUUUGUUUAAGCUCCCCUAAGCCAUUUGUCAUAGAACUGCCAUCGCGUUUUAACGAGCUAUGAAAUCUGCUGCUUUUCACGGUUGAAAGGCGGUGGUACGGCGUUUCUGGUUCUUACCCUUUCCUUAAGAACUGGAGCAGGUAAGCUAGAGUCUGGGAGAAGAAUGUUAACCACUGGCCGCUAGCAGCAUAUCCUGAUUUCUGAUCACUUAUAUUAAAGAAAAAUCCCCAUUUCAGGGAGAGUGCAAGACUGUGAAAGUAGAGAAUACCAUACCCCAUCUUAAAAAAAGAGAAGAUCAAGUCUGGAGUUUCUCUGACUUCGUCUGAAAUUGUAGGCAUGAUCAAUUUGUUUAAGAAACCUUACAAGAAAAAAGCAGGCAAAUUCCAGCCUUUCAAGAAGCUCUUCGGCAGGAGGAAGAAAAGAGAGCCCGUGUCAGACGGCGAGGAAGCCAAACUGAAGCCCAGCCACUCCUUCGGCAACGUCUGCAACGGCACCUUCUCCUCGGAUGAAGAGCCAAACGGCGGGCUGAGGUCCUCCCAUUAUUCUAUGGGCAGUCGAGCUUUUUCCCAUGACAGUAUUUUUAUACCUGAUGGGAGAACAGAGAGUGAACAGGCCAUCCAAGCAAUGUCACAGGAGAACGUUUUGGGAAAAGUCAAAACUCUUCAGCAACAGUUGGCCAAGAAUAUAAAAUUUGGGCAGCCUCCACAAAUGACAAUUUCUGUGAGGACAAUGGGGGAGGCAAACGCUAGUAUAGAAGAGGAUGUGUUGCUCAGUAGUCCCAUGGAGAUUGAGAAUCAGCAAGACACUGUGAUCUCAGACAGUGGUAAUAAAUCCACUGACACUCCAGAUUUGUUGAGAACAAUGGAUUUGCCUGGAACAGGACAUGAAGUGGAUGAAAAGGUCACUCCAGUCAAAUCAUCUCGGCCAAAAAGACAGUUUUCCUGUUCUGGCACCAUUGAAACAAUCAAUUUGGAUGCAGUUCCCCAGGCUGUUGCUCGUCUAGACAACAGUGCAGCUAAACACAAGCUGUCAGUAAAGCCAAAGAAGCAGAGGAUGUCAAGAAAGCACAAGAGAUUGACAAAGGGAUCACAGAGUUUAACAAUAACAGAGUUUGAGCCAGAGGACCUAGAAACUCAGCUGUAUGGAGAUGACAGAUACCCAGGUUAUAAUGGACACAUCAUAGCAGAUAAACUAAUCCAGAACAGAGAUGAGCAGAAUGAGCUUCAGCUGGAAGAGGAGAAAAGAAUUGAAGAUCACUGGGGGAUCAUAGAGGCCGAAAGGAUAAGACAGAUUGUAGAAAUGGAAGAGCAAAGAGAAAUGGAAGAACAAAGGUGCCAAGAACUUGAGCAGAUGCAGAAAGAGCAGGAGAGAAGACGUUGUGAAGAAGAGAGGAGGCAGUAUCUCCCUGAAGGAGAGACAUCCUUGAAAACAGAAGAGCAAACAUGCCAUAAAGAGGAGAGAAGACUGCUGGAGGCUGAAAAGAGGCAAGAGCUGGAUGAGCAGAGGUGCCAGGAACUGGAGAAGCAGAGGCAGAAGGAGUUGGAGGAGCAACAGAGACGAGAGCUGGAGGAGCAGAAGCUCCAGGAAUGGGAGGAGCAACAGAGACAAGAGCUGGAGGAGCAGAAGCACCAAGAACAAGAGGAGCGACAGAGACGAGAACUGGAGGAGCAGAAGCACCAGGAACAAGAGGAGCAACAACGACGAGAGCUGGAGGAGCAGAAGCACCAGGAACGGGAGGAACAACAGAGACGAGAGCUGGAGGAGCAGAGAUGCCGAGAAUGGGAGGAACAACAAAGACGAGAGCUGGAGGAAUUGAAGCACCAGGAACGAGAAGAGCAACAGAGACAAGAGCUGGAGGAACAGAAGCACCAGGAACGAGAAGAGCAACAGAGACGAGAGCUGGAAGAGCAGAAGUGCUGGGAACUGGAAGAGCAGAGAUGUCAGGAAUUGGAGGAGCAGAAGCAUCAGGAACGGGAAGAGCAGAGGUGCAAGGAGCUGGAGGAGAAACAGAGACAGGAGUUGGAAGAGCAGAAGAGGGUAGAGCUGGAAGAAUUAAGGCAACACAAGAUUGAAAAACAGUGUCAAGAGGAAGAAAUAAAUUGUCUGGAGGAACAAAAUGAACUCAAGGAAAAAAAUAAGGAAGAAAAGCAGAGACAAGAGCUAGAAGAGAAAGAGCUUCAAGAAGCUGAAAUAGAACUGAAGCAGGAGAAAGAAGCUGAGAGCCUUGAACAACAGAAGAAACAGGAGGAACAAAGGCAGCAUUUGAAGGAGAAAGGAGAAAAGACAGAGAAGGAACAACAACAACAAGUAAUAGAUCAGAAAAAGAAACGGGAAGAGCAGAGAAAACACAAGCUAACAAAACAAAUGCACAUGGAAAGUGCAGAGGGCAUGCAACAAGAUGAACUGAAGCAGCAAAAGGAACAAAAUGAACAAGAAUGGAACAAGCUGGAAGAGCAGAAGGUAGACACAGAAGGACAAAAUCUUCAGCAAAACCAACAAGAAAAAUCUUUGGAACAGCAACAGGACAAGGAUCAGUUGUGUUCUGGAGGGGCUGAUAGGCAUCCAGUAGAGGAGAAGCUCCAAGAAGGAUCAAGAUCCCAAAAAGUCAAACAGCCAGAAAAAGGGAAUAAAAUGGUAGAAGAAGUCCUAGCCCAGAAACUGAAGAGAGAAGCUGAGGCUCAGGAACAAAAGCGAAUAGGGGAAGAACUUCGGUGGCAAGAGGUAGAUGAAAGACAAACUGCAUCCAGACCCUUCACAUUUCAAGUGUCUUCUGGAGAUAAACAGAUCAUAUUUCAGAAAGUAAAUCUGAGUCCAGUCAUGCCCGUCAAAGGAGCAGGACUUUCUUCUCCAUCCAUCAAAGACUGCAGGAUGCACACUGCCGGCAAGGGCUCUCAUACACUCCCGUCAGCUGUGUGUGUACCCCAUACAGCUAUUUUGGUUACUGGAGCCCAGCUGUGUGGCACGGCAGUUAACUUGAACCAGAUAAAGGACACGGCUUGUAAAUCGUUACUUGGCUUAACAGAAGAGAGGAAAACUGUGACUAUUCCUUCACCAGAGAAGGCCCAGAAAAAAACCCAGAACCUCAAGUCCAGCAGCAGUAAAAUGAAAUAUGCACAGGAGGCAUUGAACAAUCAGGCUGUACUAGCUGAGUGGGCCUCUAUCCGUUCCAGAAUCCUAAAGAAUGCAGAAAACAGCAAAUAUAAUGAGAGAGACCGAGUAAGUGUCUGCAGACGCAGUGACGACUGGACACCCCGAGGACGGGGUGGUCCCCAUGGCAACCUGAGGAAAACCCUCUCUGCAAAUGCAAAGUUCUCGAUAACACCAGCGUGGCAGAAAUUUUCAGAAGCUUCAAAAACCAAUUCAGAUGCUGAAAAUGUAAGUGUGGCAAAAGGCAACGAAACAGUGGCUGUGGGCAGAUUCACCGGCUCAUCCACUGAUUCAAAGGAGGAUGUCGCUUCCACUUUUAAGGGUAACUUAGCUGAAAAGGCUAAGGAGAAAACGGAAAUGCGUAGUGGAAAGACAGACAGCACAGAAGGCUGUAAAUUUGCAAAAGAUCUUCCGUCUUUCCUUGUUCCAAGUUUUCCUCAUUCUCCAGGUAAAGAAUUACCCCAGCCGGAACUUCCUGGUGCUCUGGAAAAUCAGCAGAAUAACAGCACAAAAAAAGCAGAUAAACCAGCACCAAACGGAGAAGAAAAUGUUUCUCCUUUUGGGAUAAAGUUACGAAGGACAAACUACUCUUUACGUUUCCAUUAUGAUCAACAGGUAGAGCAGAGGAAAAAGAAAAGAUACAGUGCAGGAGAUAGUUUUGAUGGUGUGCCUGACCCAAUAGUCACGACAGAAGGUGAGAAAGAAUCUGCUGUUUUUGCUUCACAAGAGAGUACAUCCCCUCGUAUGGGGAGAGUGAACAUCCCUGGUAAUUUAAAAGACUCUUCAAUUACUGUGGUGGAGAUUUCACAACCAGUGGGCACAGCAGUGGUCCUACCAGCCACCGGCCAUAGUGCUUUAACCCCCCAUGAGAAACCAGCAUGCAAGUCACUGGUCCCACAGAAACCUGCUUUAGCUCCAAAGCCCCCCAGCCAGACGCCACCGUCAUCUCCUCUCUCCAAAAUUAACAGAUCAAACCUAGCUGAUAUGCUAGGGCAAAGGUUGGUUAAAGCCGAAUCAGAUGGUGGAUGGAGAAAAGAGGACAGAGGAAAUGCAGCGCGCCCCACGCCAUCCAAUGAGUACAAAAAUGAAGAGGAAGAAAUCAGAGAAAAGAAGUCCUUUUUCCCAUCUAUAAGUAUUCCAUGGAGAGAAAAAAAUGACAAAAAGCCCGAGCCACCGAAGAAAGAAAGGCCCGUCCUCCAGAGCAGGCACUCUUUGGAUGGCUCUAAAUUGAUGGAAAAAGUUGAAACUUCACAACCGCUCUGGAUUACGUUAGCACUGCAAAAGCAAAAGGGAUUUCGUGAGCAGCAAGCUACGAGGGAAGAGAGGAGACAAGCCAGAGAGGCGAAGCAAGCAGAGAAGCUGGCUAAAGAAAUUGCUGCUCUCAGUAAUCAGUCAGAUAAUAAAAGCAGCAGCAGCAAAACAAGCACACUGCAGAAAUCUACAACUCAAGAAGGGGAGAAGAAAGCUGAGACUGCUGUGUCAAGACUAGAAAGAAGGGAACAGCUAAAGAAGUCCAACACCCUUCCAACUUCUGUGACAGUGGAAAUUUCAGAUUCUGUUUCGUCAACCCCACUGGCAAAGGAGGUGGCCAAGAGAUUCUCAACACCUGAUGCUAACCCUGUGUCAACGGAACCAGCCUGGCUUGCACUAGCCAAGAGGAAAGCAAAAGCCUGGAGUGACUGUCCACAGAUUAUAAAGUAAACUGUAAAAUUACAUCUCUGCUGCUGACUAUUAAUUGCUUUUAUUUAUUCAGCUUUUUACACAUGACAAAACUGAAAAUGCAUGUAUUGAAGGACUGGAAACUGAACUGAACUGAUUACCAUUUUGCUCUAGCUCACUGUAAAGUCUACUGAAGUCAUAUAUUCCAUUGCUUUGACAAACAGCUAAAUGAGGUAAUGGCAAAAAUUUCAGAGCCAGACUCUCAAAAAUUUCAGAAUGCUCAGAUACUGGAUGUAAAUUUUAGUGAGUGUCGAAAGGGCCAGAACUUCAGUUCAGAAUCUCCUUAAAUUCGGGGGGUAUUCAGUUCUGGAGUUUUAGGUCUCUACACUUAAGUGGAGAUCUCAGACAUUUUUUUCAGCACUCUAUUGUUGAAAAUUAAGGCAAGAUGCAUGCUCCCUUCUCUUAUUCCUAAAUUUUUUAAAAGUGUUAAAGUGUAUGAACUGUCAGUUCUACCUGCUAUUUGAAAGCUUCUUCCCUAAUGAAGAACUUCAAGAGAUAUCGUUCCAUCUGCAAAUGGUAAGUAGAAAGAUGGUACCAUCCAAAUACUGAGGUAAUUUAUUUCAUCAUAGGAUUAAUACACUAUAUUCCUUCACUCAUAGGAAAAAAAAAAAAAAAAAAAAUCACUCUACUUAAAAACCCCCAACAUUAUUUAAACAAAAAUUAGAAAGUUUUCAGAAAGAAGCCAGGAAGUCAGUGUUUCUUCUAGUCAUUUAAGUGCAUCACUGUUCAGCCAUAUUUAAGAUGCACAGAGACAGUGAUUGCAGAUUACAAAUUCCAAUCAAUUGACUGGAACUAAAAUAAGUAAAACUAUUCCUGUGCUUACGUAGCUGUAGAAUUUGUCUCAGUAAGUUCCCACAGGAGUAAGACUUGCAGAACUGAAGUUAACUGAGAACUGAAAGCUAAGUCAGUGAGAGUCUCAGGAAUUUUAACUCUGCAUUCUUCCUGAUAUUACUCCACGUGCAACUUCAGGUAGUUCAGAUAACUUCCUGUACUUUAACCAAGAUAGCCAGAACACUUCAGAAAGAAGUUUACUUUCCCCAUCUCAGGUAUCUGCUGUGGCAACUGGAUAGUUUAUUACUUCUUGUAACUAAAACAGAAAUGUUCACUGCCUCCCUCUUACAAAAAAGGGUCAAGUCCAUAAUGUACUAAAAACUGUACUGUGCUCAACAUCCCACAGAAAUAGCCAGGUCUACAUUUUAAAAAGUCACCCUAGUACAUUAAUCUGUAACACAUCCGAGUUUGUUUUACAAGGAAGUCCUUAACAAAAUUGAAUGUCUCCUUCUUAGAAACAUAAGGCUCAAAGGAACCUUUAAGCCUACAAUAUCAUAAAGGGAGAUGUUUUCGUGAGAAGAAACUGUAUCAUUACAGAAUGAUACCACAUAUGUUUCACAGAAGUAUUUUAGCCAAACUGCUGUAUGCAGCAUGAGGAAUAGCACUUUAAAUUUUGCAGAAAACACAAUGAACCCUGCCGUAUCCUCCUGUUCCAAGAAUCAAAAAGGGCUUGUCAGCCAAAGUCAUAUUGAUUAUACUAUUUCCCAUCAAACAGGAAAACAACAGUUCAGUAUCAUGGUUACAAUAGCACAAACACAAUGAAUGUCUUAUGUGCAGCAGCAAGAUGGGUCUUCUUGGGUCUCUGAAGCCAUCAGUUUUGCUCAGUUUCAUAUUUAAAACCAGAAUCUCUAAAAUAACUUUUUACCCUUAAUAUAAGUAUUUAAAAUGUUUUAUACAGAGAUGGAGCAAUGCUGCUUUCAGAUGCUUGGGGAAAAAAAAAACAAACACACAAACCACCUUCAAAGUAAAAUCUCUGCAAGCUUACCUGAAGAAAGAGUUGAGCCCGUAAUUAUUUUUGCUCUGCUGGGACUGUGAAUUAGUGCAUCUUAAGUUAAAUUUACACUUUUUCAGAGUUGGUAAGCCUGCAGUAGGUAACUGUCAUUACAAGAACUGAACUGCCUGAAAUUCAUCUUUAUGACUAUUUCUUGGGAGAAGGAGCCAGGCAGAAAUAUAAAGAAGGUGAAGUAAAUCAGGAUUAAAGAAUUACAGGUACUAGUAUUCUGAAAAGCAUAGCAAAAUUAGGUGCUAUUGUGCAUGACAUAAGGAUGCAAUUUUCCAAUACAAUACAUUUAUAGCACAUAGAAUAGAGCUUUCAUUAAGGAUGGUCUUAACCUAAGGCUUCAAAGCAGAUUUUUUUUCAACCAUAAAAGGUAUCUAGUGUAAUAAUGAAAACUGUAUUAUGUACAGUACUUGAUGGAAACAUUUCUAAAGUGUCCAUGUUCAACAGUGACAUUUCAUGUUAAAUUAACAAAAAUUUGCACUAAAUACCAAUGAAGUGAAGUGUUACUUUGCUUUAGCUUUGUUGCAACCAUUUCUGAUAAAGUGUUGGAAAUCUGUAAAAAUAUAAACCAAAACAUUACUACGAAGUUUAAAACAGCAAAAAUGUUUUAAGAACCGAAUCAACCACUAUGUAGUAUAUUGUCUCAAUUUUUUGUAACUUAUACACACAAAAUACCAUUUCUUCUGACAAGGUUAUAUAUGAUUAACCUCUAUGUUCAUAUAGUAAUGUAUAAAAACUAUAAGAUGUAUAAUUGUGGGGUAUUUGUUGUGUACUUUUUUAAUUUUUCAAAUGUUUUAAAGUGCAAUUGUUUAUUAUACUAAUGUCAUUUUAAUGCUUAUUAAACUAUAACCCAGUCAAAAUUAUCUAAUCAUU